UCAAUUUCUCUUUAUUUCAGAUCUAUGAAGUGAAAGAAAAUGAACUGGCCAUCUCUUACCACGGUAUUAUCCGUCCUAUUCCUAGGAUACAUGGCUAAUAGUCUAUGGAGUAUAGCUUCUCUCUAUAUUCCUCCGUCCUGUCCUGCCGGAGAGAAGAAAUGUAUUUCCAGUAUUCUCACUGAAUCCUCGGAACUAUCUCUUAUCAUCUUUACAACAACUAAAGUAAGACCCUCGAUGGGAAAGGAUUUAAGCUUCUUGGAGAGCUUAGACGUUAAAGUAAGCGAGGAGAAACAAAAAACUGUUAAUGUUAAGUUCCCUAAAUCUGUAAUAAACAAUGGAACCAUGUACAUGUGUAUCUUUGCUGUUCCAAAGCUAGGGAAGGUUGACAAGAGUAAAUCUGACUGGUGGGAGAAGGAAAUAUACAACCCUGAGACGAGCUUUACUCAAACCAGGCUUACUCAGUACUCUAUUCCAGUAGCGGAGACCUUUAACCUACUGGGAGAAGAAAAUAAGAAAGAAGAUUCUAAACCCACAGAUAGAUCUCGACCAGUGUCACAUUUAAGAUCCAAGAUUGUGAUAACAGUGAUGUCGGAUCAGGUUGUUAUGGGUCCUGGCCAGGUACCUGGAGAAAUAGGUCACACUAUGAGCCUAACAAAAGACCGGAAGAAGUAUCUACCAAUCCUCUUUGUGGAUGAGCUCACAAUGCGUCUAAGAGACCUUAGGGUAGUCAACGCAACCGAUACAAACUCAGAUAUAGAAAUCAUCUACAAGCCCAUAUCAUUCGGGAAACUUAGAUUGUUCCUCCAGUUCUCCGGAGCCCUAGGUUCUAUGCACGGAAUGGGGUUUACAGAUAAAGAUACGGACGAAGUAAAAGGAAUAUUUGCUGAUACUAAUCUGGUUCUGCUCCUUAUUACUUUCGCAGUCUCAGCGGUUCAUCUUCUCUUUGAUUUCCUCGCGUUCAAGAGCGAUGUUAGCUUUUGGCGAGAGAAGAAAACUGUUGAAGGAUUAAGCAGGAAAACUAUUCUAUGGAGAGCGUUCAGUCAAACCGUUAUUUUCUUCUAUUUGAUGGACGAGGAAACUUCUCUGCUAGUUCUUAUACCAGCUGGAGUUGGAGCCCUGAUAGAGAUCUGGAAAGUAACAAAAGCUUUACAUAUUGAGUUCUCCUUCCGAAGUGGAUUUACCUAUGGUUCGGAUACGGCAGGCGAAGCAAACACAGCACAACUGGAUCAAACUGCGAUGAAGUAUCUAAGCUGGGUUCUCUACCCUCUUUGUUUAGGAGGUGCCGUGUACAGUUUGAUCUACACCCCGCACAAGUCCUGGUACAGCUGGACAAUACAGACCACGGUUAACGGUGUUUACGCGUUCGGAUUCCUCUUCAUGCUUCCUCAACUUUUCCUCAAUUAUAAACUCAAAUCCGUGGCUCAUCUACCCUGGCGUGCAUUUAUGUACAAAGCGUUUAACACGUUUAUCGACGAUCUCUUUGCGUUUAUCAUCACAAUGCCGACCGCACACAGGGUUGCAUGCUUCAGAGACGACAUCGUGUUUUUAAUCUAUCUUUACCAGCGAUAUCUGUACCCUGUAGAUCCAACUAGGAUAGAUACCAGUGUAAUGAUGGACGAAGCUCCCGCUGAAAAGAUCGGAGUCAAGCAGAAGGAUGAUUAGUAAGUGGAUCCUAAGAGCUUAAGUCCUUGGUCGGGAGACUAAGCUUUGCAUUUGGUUAAAAAGAAAUCCACAAACAAUUCAAUUCUAUUCAAAUUAUAAAAAUAAACCUAAUAGUAAUAACAAACAAAAGAAUUUGGUUGAUCGGAUCUCAAGUUUUACCGCUCCCCAUUAAUCUUUAAAAUGUUUUAUUUUCAUUACAUUCCGAACAAAAUCAAUGAUUGUGAACGCCAUUGUAAUUUAGAAGAUAUAAUGAAGUAAAGAUAAUAUAAUAUAUGUAUCCUUCAAUUUGUAAAGAACAAAAACAAAAAGGAAGUAAAUUGGAGAAAAUCUCUAUUCAUCCAAGGAUUAAAAUUAACAAUUAUGUAAUUACAAAAUCACUAUUUUUAAGACAAUUGUAAAUACUGUUCAACCCCUUCGUUCAAAUUGCAAGGCAUGUAAAGCAAUGUAAGCAAUGGCGUAUUUAAACCCGAAUUAGACAUUUAUGUUUCCAGUACAAAAUAUGAAUAAAUGUAGAGUUGUACCAAGAAUUCUGUUUUCAAUCUAGAUUCACAUUUUGUUGAAGCAUUUUUUUUAUUUUUGUUUGAUUUUUAAUUAUUUUCAGA